AUGAAUGCCCAUGUCUCUAUCCCGGGGGCCCUCCCCGGGCAACGACCAAGAGAGGCCACCGCCGUCAACGUUACACGGGCGCCGGUAGCCCCCAAGAAAGAGCCUGCCGUAUGUCCGACCGACGACGAGGCGCAGGUCCCACGGAAGGCGACCAAAGAUAAGCAGAGCGUUAACUAUGUGGUGAAAUCCGGGAUAGCGGGUGGCCUGGCUGGGUGUGCGGCCAAAACCAUAGUCGCGCCACUCGACCGAGUCAAGAUCCUCUUCCAGUCACGCAAUCCCCAUUUCGUUAAAUACACAGGGUCAUGGUACGGCGUGGCGCAGGCCAUGAAGGACAUCUACCACCAAGACGGGUCGCUAGGGUUAUUCCGCGGCCACUCGGCGACCCUCCUCAGGAUAUUUCCGUAUGCCGCAAUCAAGUUCGUCGCAUACGAGCAAAUCCGGGCCAUCGUGAUCCCCGACCACAGCAAAGAAACCUCCUUCCGACGGCUAAUCAGCGGCUCCAUGGCCGGCGUGACAUCCGUGUUCUUCACCUACCCUCUCGAGGUCAUCCGCGUACGACUCGCCUUCGAGACAAAAAAGGAAGGCCGCUCCUCCUUACGGUCAAUAUGCAAACAAAUCUACCACGAAGGCCAAAUACGCAGCCCCACCGCCGCCACCAAACCCGCGGCCGAACUCCUCGCCGCCGCAGUCCCCGCCAGCGCUCGCGGAGCCGCCGCCAGCGCCGUCGCGACCACCGCCGCGCCGGUAAUCGCCACCAGCUCCGGCCUCAUCAACUUCUACCGCGGCUUCUCCCCCACCCUCCUCGGCAUGCUCCCCUACGCCGGCAUGUCCUUCCUAACCCACGACACCGUCGGCGACCUCCUCCGCCACCACACCAUCGCGUCCUACACCACCCUCCCGCGCCCCGACAACCACCCGCCCGGCAAGCCCGCCCCGCUACGCUACUGGGCCGAGCUCACCGCGGGCGGCGUGGCGGGGCUGGUAUCGCAGACGGCGUCGUAUCCGCUGGAGGUGAUCCGACGGCGGAUGCAGGUGGGCGGGGCGGUGGGGGAUGGGCAUCGGUUACGGAUUGGGGAGACGGCGAGGUUGAUUAUGAGGGAGAGGGGGGCGAGGGGGUUUUUUGUGGGGUUGACGAUUGGGUAUGCCAAGGUGGUGCCGAUGGCGGCGGCGGCGUUUUAUACGUAUGAGCGGUUGAAGAUGUGGUUUGGGAUUUAG